GUGGUAUUUGUUCGAAUUGACUGGCUCGUGCACCAUGGCGACCUCGGGGCUGACGAUUGUGAUCAAACUCGGGACAAGUUCAAUUGUCGACGAGAAAACCCACGAACCCAUUCUGUCAAUCCUGACUCUGAUUGUUGAAACGGUCGCCAAGCUGCGCAAGGAUGGUCAUCGAGUUGUACUGGUCUCUUCAGGCGCGGUGGGGGUUGGCCUGCGGAGAAUGGACGUGGGCGAAAGACCAACCUACCUUCCUCGAAUACAGGCGCUUGCUGCCGUAGGCCAGUGUCGGCUGAUGAGCCUGUGGGAUAAUCUGUUCUCGCAUCUUCGAGUUCCGGUGGCCCAAAUUCUUUUGACGAGAAAUGAUAUUGCAGAUAGAUCACAAUAUGUCAACGCCCAAAAUACGUUCGAGCAAUUGUUCGACAUGGGCGUAAUCCCCAUUGUCAAUGAAAAUGAUACCCUGGCCGUUUCUGAAAUCAAAUUUGGCGACAACGAUACCCUUUCCGCGAUCACUGCAGCGACAGUAAACGCCGACUAUCUGUUCCUGAUGACCGAUGUGGACUGCCUUUACACCGCCAAUCCGCGCAAUAAUCCCGACGCCGAACCCAUCGAGGUUGUCUCCGACAUUUCAACGCUUGAAGCCGACGUAUCGUCUGCCGGUUCCUCUUUGGGAACUGGUGGUAUGAGCACAAAGAUCGUGGCCGCAAAGCUGGGAACCAGUGCUGGUGUGACUACGAUUAUCACCAAGAGCUCAAAGCCCGGCAACGUUCACGACAUUGUGAAAUACCUGCAAAGUCUACAGGAGGUUGCGGAUUCGAAAGAGGCAUCGCCUGAUCAGCUCGCGAAUAUACCCCUGCCUCCUCUUCACACUCGAUUUCUCCCAUCCGAUACUCCAAUCAAGUCGCGAACAUUCUGGUUGCUUCACGGGCUCACGCCGCACGGCACUAUAUACAUCGACCAAGGGGCUUACGACGCACUUUUCCUGAACAAGGCCAGCCUUCUCCCUGCCGGAGUCCUCGGUGUAGAGGGCCACUUUGGGCAGCAGGAAGCAGUCCGAUUAGUGGUAGUGGAACGACCCUCUCCAGAUGCUCUGAAUGGCGACUUCCUAAUCCAUGGCCAGGAGCCCAGGGAAGUCGGCCGUGCCCUAGUGAAUUACGGAAGUAUCGAGAUCGCGCAUAUCAAGGGCCAUCGCAGUAGCUCGAUCGAGUCACUGCUAGGCUAUUCGGACAGCGAUUAUGUUGCCCUGCAUGAGAAUAUCUCAUUUCACCCCGAGGACCGACAUAGUCACCCAACCACUCCAUCGUUAACGCCAGCACUGGAGGAAUGGAAAUCACCCCGUUAA